CGGUGGAGGAGAAGGAAGGUGAAAAGAGUUAUUUUCGCGAAGGCUGGAAAGGACGAGGGGCAGGGGCCGCAAGCACCUCCUGGAACAAUAAGCAGUCGAGCCCCACGACCGGCGAUGAAAACAGUCCACCUCAAGGUCGUGCCAGAAACAAGCAGACCGGGCUUGCUGUUGACAUCAGCAGGAGUGGAAACAAGAACAGAAGCAAUACAGGCAGCACGACAAAGAGGGGCAAGAAUCAAAAGAUAAAGACCACAACCGACGUCGUCGAGGAUAUUCUGCAACAAGUGCGGAAAAUGCAGCGACGAGACGCUGCAGAGAAAGAACACAAGAUAGACGAGGAGACGAAGAACAAAGACAAUCUUCAUACUCAUCAAACGUCCAAGGCGGUGGAUCAUAAAAAUGCUGUCAAAGGCAACCAUGUGAGGACGUCGCAAGGCUCGAUAUUUUCCCCGCCAGGGACUACGUCUGCUCCUGAUGUAGAACAAGUGCUGGCCUUGACUCGUCAACAGACCAUGGCUGUUGAUGAUGAGCCACAGAGUGAAGAAGAAGAGCAUGAGCAAGUGGCAUCAACUACAACCAAACACCCACUCCCGCUCGCAGCCCUGCUUCACACGGACCGUAGCGCCCUGCGGAGCCGAAUCCUUGCGAGGAACACGGCAGAUGUUGUGGGUCACCAGCAGGAAAAAGAUCCACCGCUGCGGCAGUCGCAUGGCCAUUGUUCGCCCGAAGUAGAGAAGAUCCUUGAGCAGGAAGAACGUGUGCCCGACCGCCACCAGUUGGCAGCUGUAGUAAAGCCACCCGCCCCCGCCGCGGAUGUCGAUUUUGAAGUCGAUAUGGGCUAUGUUGAUGAGGACGAGUAAGCAGUGGGGAUGGAAUUAGAAGGUGUACUCGCACUUCUAGUUCUAUACGCUUUGAGUUCCUGUCGUUUUUCCGAACUUCGUUCUUCCCUUGCACGCACGGCUGGAUACAGAUUAUCACGCCGUGCUGCAUCAGGAGGAUUUUUGUUCUUCGAGCGGUUUUGAACAAAAGGCAGGGCGGUCGCGGUUUCAUU